AUGACAGGGCCCCCUCCCCCCGGCCAGUCUCCUGCCUUCAGAGCCUACGCAGGCCAUUUGCGGCGCGUGGCUGGGGUGUGUCUCCGGCAGCCAGUGGAUGACAGCCUGCAGGAUGCUCCGGCGAGAGCUGGGGCUUUGCUCCUGCGCCUCUGCAUUUGCAACCGAGAACCGGAGGCGCCCAGCGCAGCGUCCAAGCUGGGGAGCCGCCAGCACCUCCUGGCAAAAGGCCCACUCACCUCGGCGGCGGCGGCGGCGGUGGCUGCCCCUGCGCCGUCACUUGCACACAAAGGCGGGCCGGGCGCGGAUGCGGGCGGGCAUCUCUCGGUGGUACCCAGGCGAGGGGCCUGGCGGAAGGAUGCUCAGGGCCAAGUCCACAUCCGAGGAAGGUCACCUAGGGCGACGCGGCACACCGGCUUGGGCCCAGCUGGAGAAGGGGGUGCCCUAACCCACUCUCUUUUGUGUUUUGGUGGCUCUAGCACCCAGCCGUCCUCGGCUUUCCUCCUCCCAGCCUCUGGGGCCAGCUACACCUUGCAGUCCACCCCUACAAUGGAGAGCACCGCCAGCCUGGCCCUGGCCCCCGCCACCCAGCCGCCUGCACCUGGAGGAGGAAUCCCUGUGGGGUACAGCUGCUCCCAGUCCCAUGCCAGCCAGGGCCCCACGUCUAACAGCCGGCCCCAGGGUCCUGUCCCUGUGGCUACCACUGCGUCCAACCACCAGGAGCAUGGUCACAGCUGCCGAGAGAAGGUGACCAGGAGCCGUGGGGACACACAGAAGCGGCCAGCCGGGUCGCUCUGCCGACCAGGCCCAAGCUCCCGCACCCCGGACUCGGACUGGGUGUCGCCUGGGCAGCAGCGUCUCCCGCAGAAGGCGCCGCCCUCUUCUUCCCAGCGAGCCUCGCCGAGGCUGCAGGCGCCGUCCCCGCCGCCGGCUCCCGUGGGCUCAGACGCGUGGGGCGGCCCAGGCCUCGGGCCCUGGGACCCCAGCUUCACCAGCGACGCGCUGCCCGUCCUGGACAGCACCCCGAAGCCCAAGGCGGCCCCAAGGCCGCCAUCCAUGCACUACUGCGAGGUCUGCAGGGUCAGCUGCGCGGGGCCGCAGACCUAUCGGGACCACCUGGAAGGGCAGAAGCACCGGAAGAAGCAGGCGGCUCAGAGGACAGGCACGCAGCCCAGUGGGGGUCCUAGAGGAGCCUCCAGCCUUCACUGUGGCCUGUGCGCUGUGUCCUGCACCGGUGCGGAUGCCUAUGCCGCCCACCUGAGGGGAGCCAGGCAUCAGAAGGUUUUCAAGUUACACACCAGGCUAGGGAAGCCCGUUCCCUCGGAGCCCACACCGCAGCGUGUCACCCACACUCGGGCUUCGGACAGCACCUUCGAGUCCUCAGUCAAGCAUGAAGCCCAUGCCCAUCACAGUCCACACAACCCAGGCCGGCCAGCUCCAGCCAAGGGAUCAGUAGCCUCACGCAAGGGGCCACCUGAGCUGCAGACAGCACACAGCCGACCCAGAGACAGGCGACCAUCACACCCUAAGGUGGAGGCCACCAGGGGAGGCCCUGGGGAAGCUUCGGGGAGCUAUGGGGACAUCCAGCCAGUGGGCACAGAGUACGUGGAGGAGGUGCGCAGCGAUGAGGGCAAGGUGAUCCGCUUCCGAUGCAAGCUCUGCGAAUGUAGCUUCAAUGACCGCAACGCCAGAGACAUGCACCUGACUGGACGCCGGCACCGGCUGCAGUACAGGAAGAAAGUGGACCCCACACUUCCGGUGGCCGCCCGGCCCAGCGGCCCCAUGCAGAGGGUGCUGGCCAAGCGGGUGCAGAGGCAGCGGCAGCUGGCACAAGCGCAGCUGGAGGAGGCACGACACUGGAGCGCCGAGCUGAGGCAGCAAGAAGAGCACAGAAGGCAGCCUGAGGAGCCCCCACAGCCCCAGGUUGAGGAACAGCCACUCGGGUUACCCGCCUGGGCCCUGCCAGCUCCUACUGCCAGACCAGGGAUGGCUAGCUCCCGGCGCCAGUCAGGGCGCCGACCAGAGAGCAGCGACGACCGGCACGUCAUGUGUAAGCAUGCCUCCAUCUACCCCACUGAGGAGGAGCUGCAGGCCAUCCAGACGGCCGUGUCCCACACAGAGCGCGCCCUCAGACUGGUGUCAGACACACUGGCGGAGGAGAGCAGCCAGCAUGGCACCCUGAUGCCCCCGCCGCCACGGAUGCUCAAGGGCGUGGUGCGGGUUGGCAUCCUGGCCAAGGGCCUGGUCCUGCGUGGGGACCACAGUGUGCAGCUGACCCUGCUCUGCUCCAAGAAGCCCACCCACUCCUUGCUGCAGAGGAUCAGGCAGGAGCUGCCCCGAGAGCUGUCAAUAGUGGCAGAAGACAAGUACAAGGUCUCAUCUGACGGUGAUGCCAACAUCGUUAUCUUGGCCUGUGUGGAGCCCGGGGUGAAGGUUACCGUGUCUGCCACCUCACCCCUGAUGCGAGAAGAGCCCCCUGAGAAACAAGGACUUCAAGACUCUCUGUCCGACCCAGAAGACAUCCUGGACCGGGAGAGGUGCCUCGAGACCCUGGCAGCCCUUCGCCAUGCUAAGUGGUUCCAGGCUCGAGCCAGUGGUCUGCAGCCAUGCGUGAUUGUCAUCAGGGUUCUGCGGGAGCUAUGCCGCUGCCUGCCCCCCUGGGGGGCUCUGCCUGCCUGGGCCAUGGAGCUCCUGGUGCAGAAAGUUCUGAGCAGCGCGCCCCGGCCCCUGAGCCCGGGCGAUGCCAUGCGGCGGGUCCUGGAGUAUGUGGCCACAGGCGCGCUCCUGACAGAUGGCCCAGGGCUACAGGACCCCUGUGAGAAAGGCCCCCAGGAUGCCCUGGAGCCCAUGACCCCACAGCAGCGAGAGGACCUGACAGCCAGUGCGCAGCAUGCCCUGCGCCUUGUGGCCUUCCGGCAGAUCCACAAGGUCCUUCAUAUGGAACAGUUACCUCCACGGACCAGAUUCGGGGCCCGGGCCCGGAAGAGGAUGAGGGAGGCUAGUCAGGCCCUGGAGGGCACAGGGGAGAGGAAGCGGGCCCGGUAGGGCACAGCGGGACUGCCAGGAGCCAGCUAUCACCACCGGCCUACACAUCCCAUACCUGAACAGGCAUGGGCUCUCCAGCUGCUGGCUCCUCCACAUCUUUCCCAGGGUGGGCGACUGAAGGCCAGGACCCAGUGGGGACCCGAGAGCACCAGGCACUCAGCACCCAGUACCCAGCACCCCGUCCAACGGAGUGGGAGGCGAAGCGGGGAGGAGAUGGCAGCUCGGCCCGCAGUGCGGCCGGCGCUAGGACCCGCAGGGGCUCCGAGACGGGUGAGCGCGUGCACGCGGGUGGAGAGGGGACGCCACUCCCGAAACGGUCCUGGACCCGGGGGCGUCGGGUGCAAAUGGCUGGGUCUUUUUUUUCUGGGUGCGGCGUGCGCGUCUCUGAGUGCGCGCACUCCGGUGGUCACUGCAGGUCCCUGGUGCACCGCAGGCACGAGUACAGGUGCACGCGUCUCGGCGGCGCCCGUGUCGCACACACGCGGGUGGCUGGGUGGCACCUGUGCCCAGAUGCACCUGCGCCUCUGCCUGCGCGCCGCUGCCGCGCAAAACCCCACAGAACCCGAGGCCAGGAGCGCACUUCCACCUUACCCGCUGCCAGGCACCAGCCAGGGCUCCCGGGGUAGUCACUGCCUUGCAGUGCCCGCACCGUGA